AUGAAGAACUCACAAAAAGAUCAUCCUGGGUAUUCAACUUCUAAAGAAAAAAACACUAAGCCCAUAAAGGGUAUUAGAUUCAUAAACUUGUUCGUGAAAGCGCAAAAACAGCUGAAUCAGCUGAAAGACCAACGCCGUACUCAAUACAAGCAAGCCGCUACAGGUUUGUUCAGCGACAUGGUUAAGCUGAUCGACGUCAAAUUCUCUGAACUGGAUAGGAGGUGA